AUGGAAUCAACAGAAAGGAAUAGUCGGGGUCGUUCAGCAGAGCUUGACGGCCGGCGAAUUAAUGCCGUUUCUCCCAUGCAUCUUGGUGAAUCGAAAAUGCUGCAAAGUGACGAUGGUGACCGGAAACUACAGUUAAUGCUAGAGAAAUACCAAAGCCAAGUGAAAUUGCAACAGCAGCGGGUACCACCAUCAUCACAAACCAAGACGCCCUCGAGAAAUAAUAUCAACAAGAUCGAAAGCCACGGCGUCGCAUCUGUAUCUAUAGCUCCUUCGCCUGGCCGUUCACAUCCAAUGAGCCAUUCGCAGCCGUGCCUUAUCGCCAUAUCGGAUAAACCACCUGAUUAUUCGGCUAGCCAUGUUCAUCAAUCUGUUAAUCAGUUCCCAAAUCGAGUUUCAUCAGGAUUCGGGUCCUGUGAGCAGCACGAGGGACAAUCUAAUGGAAAUGGCAUUCAGAGGGUGCCGAAUAACCAGAAAUUGAUACAGUCAUUACGGGAAGAAAAUCUUCACCUGAAACGUGAAAUUGAGUCUAGUAAAAAGAAGCUCGUGAAGCUUCAACAGAUGGAGGCUGCUUACGAGCGAAUAGAAAAAGACUACGAGAAUCUGUUGAGGGAGAAGGAACGGCAGGAAGGUGUAGAGAAAUCAGCUUUAGUUCAAAUGGAAAUGCAUCUAAAAAGAGUGAUCUCCGAAAAGGAAGCUUUGCAAGAUCGGUUGGAACAGUUUUCGCUGCCAAAUGCACAGGCAAUGGAGAAAGUGAAUCAGCUAAAUAUGGUUUUAGCUGAGAUCAUACCUCAGAAUAAGGAGUUGGUCACAGUGAAGGAACGUCAACGCCUGGAAUUAGAAGCUCAGAACGCUACACUUGAAGAGCAAAGAACGCAUAUUUCAAUGCUUGAGAAGGCUUUGAGUAAUGCGCAGGAACGUUUAGCGAAACGUGAAAAGGUGUGCGACGAGUUGACGGUAGCUGCCGAAAGAGCAAAUCACCUUCAACGCCUCCUUCAUGAGACAUUACUGGACAAGCAAGCCCGUGAUGAAUCGCAUGCGCAGGAACGAACACAAUGGGAAAUGGAUAUGACUCAACUGAAAAUGCAACUGAACAAAGAUAUUUCUCAAAAUGGAAGCCUCAAACGACUCAGUCGGCUUGGUGGCGAUUCGAACGAGGAGACGAUAAAUAGGUUGAAGAAGUCAUUGUAUGCGAAAGACGAACGUAUAACACAGCUGGAGCGGACUGUUGUUGAGUUACAA